GAGCACGCCGCCGCGGCACGGCUCGCGUCCCGGAAGCGGUGGCGGCCGCGGCGGAGACCGAGGAGGUUCGCGGACCUGCGACUUUAGAACGGCCCUGGGAGGAGGCGUGGCGUCGGGGUGGGGCGGUCCGGACGAGGCGCUCCGGGCCUCAGCGGCCCUUUUGGUUGCCCGUGGCCGUCGGUGCCCCUGCAUCCACCGAGCCGGCGGUCGGGGAGGUGAGGCGCCCCCAGCCCACCGGCGUGUCUUCGCCAACCGACGGAUGCAGACAUCAGAGCGGGAGCGGAGUGGGCCGGAGGUGAGCCCCAGCCUGAUGCCUGAGGCCCCCCUGGAGUCUCCUCCAGCUCCUACCAAGUCGCCAGCGUUUGAUCUUUUCAACUUGGUUCUGUCCUACAAGAGGCUGGAGAUCUACCUGGAACCCCUGAAGGAUGCGGGUGAUGGCGUCCGAUACUUGCUCAGGUGGCAGAUGCCUCUGUGUUCCUUGCUGACUUGCCUGGGCCUCAACAUCCUGUUCCUCACCUUGAAUGCGGGUGCGUGGUACUCGGUGGGUGCCUUGAUGAUUUCCGUGCCAGCCCUGCUGGGCUACCUUCAGGAGGUCUGCCGAGCCCGGCUGCCUGAGUCGGAGCUGAUGCGGAGGAAGUAUCACAGCGUGAGGCAGGAGGACCUGCAGAGGGUGCGCCUCUCUCGCCCCGAGGCUGUGGCUGAGGUGAAGAGCUUCUUGAUCCAGCUGGAGGCCUUCCUGAGCCGCCUGUGCUGCACCUGCGAAGCUGCCCACCGCGUGCUUCACUGGGAGAACCCUGUGGUGUCCUCACAGUUCUAUGGAGCUCUUUUGGGCACAGUUUGCAUGUUGUAUCUGCUGCCGCUCUGCUGGGUCUUUGCCCUUUUAAACAGCACACUCUUUCUGGGGAAUGUGGAGUUCUUCCGAGUGGUGUCUGAGUACAGAGCAUCUCUGCAGCGGUGGAUGCACCCCAGGCAGGAGGACCCUGCUCCCCAGAGUCUGCCCCCACCAGAUGCUGCGGGGAAGGCUGCUCUGCUGGACAGCACGCCCGCCCCUACGCCCACGGAGGAUCUUUUCUCUCAGGACCUCACGCCAGGCAGCGUGGAGGAGGCUGAAGAGGCGGAGCCAGAUGAGGAGUUUAAAGACGCGAUUGAGGAGACCCAUUUGGUGGUGUUGGAGGAUGACGAGGGAGCCCCGUGCCCGGCGGAAGAUGAGCUAGCCCUGCAGGACAACGGGUUCCUGAGCAAGAAUGAGGUGCUGCGCAGCAAGGUGUCACGGCUCACGGAGCGGCUCCGCAAGCGCUACCCUACCAACAACUUCGGGAACUGCACAGGCUGCUCUGCUACCUUCUCAGUGCUGAAGAAGAGGCGGAGCUGCAGUAACUGUGGAAACAGCUUUUGCUCUCGGUGCUGCUCCUUCAAGGUGCCCAAGUCUUCCAUGGGGGCCACAGCCCCUGAAGCCCAAAGAGAGACUGUGUUUGUGUGUGCAUCGUGUAACCAGACCUUGAGCAAGUGAGAAGGGAGGCCAGGCACCAGCCACCGCCAUUCCCUGGGGCCAGCAAUAGACUCCCCCUCUCCCCAGCCCCCUGUGGGGUGUGCAGGGCAAAUGUGUCCUGAAUGCUCGGUAGGCUUCCCCUUCCAUCCCUUGCUGUCUCCAGCCCUGGCCCACAGUGGCUGAGCUCAGACCCUGAGGGGAAAGGAGCCCCUGGUGGGCCUGGCUGUUGGUCCUUCUCUGCCUGGCCUUAGUGCACUCAGGGCUGGGCAAGGAGUGUCCACUAGAGGGCAGCAGGGAGCUGGGCCUGCUCUCCAUCUGGCUGUGGUCACCAGACCGGGGAACUCUAGGAGACCUGGGGUUGGGGAAAGAGGCUCUUCCCCUCUGCCUCAGAGGAACUGCACAGGGCUUGGGAGUGCUGCACCCGAGCCCUGCUGUGUGAGUGUCCCCCCAGGUGCCAGGAUCUGACCAUUUCCCUUUCAGAGGGUGUGACCAGGGCUAACUGGACCAGCAGGGCUUCUAGAAACAGCUCCAGUUCCCAAGCUCCCCAGAGGAGCAUGUGUAUGGGAGGGGCUGGCCGAGUCACUCUGUGUUACAUGGAGCAAAGCAUCGGGAGAUCCCGGCGGCUCGAAGGACCUCAGCCCCACCUUGCAGUCUUAGCCCAAGCAGUGCUCUGGUGUCCCCAGCUCCGCUCACUUGACCACUCCCACCCCCUGGUGUCCAGGGCAGCCUUCCUCAGCCCGCAUCUAGGGACUGCGAGGCCAGGUGGCUGGAGUAGAGAUCCUGAAGCCCUUGAGCCUCAGAGGCCUGGGAAGUGGGGGAACUUGCUGGGCUGGGACCUGGAUUCCAGGGCUGUUCCCUGGAGGAUAGCCUGAGUUAUGGGAUCAGCCCAGCGGGGGUCCCUCUGUUCUUUCCAACAAGUCCACGUUGACUUCUGGACUCUGAGGAGCCCAGCGUCUCUACGCAAGCCAUGAGCUGGCUCAGGCGCCUGUCCCUCCCCUGGAGCUGCCCUGCCUUCUGAAGUAUUUAUUUAUUUAUUUGAUGGUUCCUGGGAACAUGCGGCCAAGGAAAGGGAUGAGGAGAAUUAGGGCCUUCUACUGAGACUCCCCGUGGCCACGGGCCGCCUGGGACCCAGGAUCCACAGAUUGCUCGGCUGUUUCUACUCCGUGGGGGACCUGGGCAGGAAUGCUGGGAGACAAGGUCAGCUUUCUCAUCAGGCCACGUGGUUUAGGGCUCAGCAGCUGAGGUGCCAGUCCCUGGGGAGCCGGGGGCCCUGGGUGUACCCUCUGUGUCCUGCUCUGAGAUGAGAGUUAAGUACCCUGUACUUAAUUUACACUGGAGAGGAACCGAGAGGCCCUCUGUGUGUGGAGAAUCACCAAUAAAAAGGCCUCAUACUUGU